GGAUGUGUUGGUUGUUCCUGUCAGGCCGAAGCUUACGGCAACUGCAUCCACGCGGCUUACCAGGAUGCACGACGGGGGAUGUGCGCGAAGGAAUUUGCAGCGUUCAAGGACUGUGUGCAAGAACAUGUUUGUGCCGGGAUUUAUACAUGCUUGACCUCAGAUACUUAUGGAUGA